CAAUUACUCCCACUUUCGGGCCUUUAACUAACAUCUACUGGGCUUUCUCUUUUUCACGGGCCUUAUCCAGUUGGCCCACGUAAAACUAGACACAAUCAAUCGGGUUCAGGUUCGGGUCGGAGACCCGCUCCGUUAGCAUCGUCUUCCUCUUCUUCUUCUUCCUUCUUCUGAGUAGUGAAGAACUGUAAAAAUGGCUCUUUUAGGUAAACAAAACCAGAGAUCCAAAUCUCCAUUUCUCCUUCUCUUAACCCUUCCUCUCUUAGCAUUUUCCUUUCUCUUCUUCUACCACUUCUCAUCCCCAAACCCUUACCAAUUCCCCAUCCCUAAUCCCUCUUCAAACCCCCAAACCUCAUUUGUCGCUUCUCUCGAUCAAUUUCUCCUCACUCAUCCCACUCCUUAUAACAAUGGCGUCACCGGAUCGGAGAAGAAGGAAGAGGAGCUGGACAAACUCAUGUUCAAUUCCCAGACACAACGGUUGUACGGAGAUCCCCAUUACCCAGUCGCUUUUCCGAUCAAGGUUUACGUUUACGACAUGCCUACUAAGUUUACGUACGAUCUGUUAUCGCUUUUCGCGAAAAGUUAUAAGGAUACCUCUAAUCUCACCUCCAAUGGCAGCCCUGUCCACCGCCUUAUCGAACAGCAUUCGAUUGAUUACUGGCUUUGGGCUGAUUUGAUUGCCCCUGAAUCAGAGAGGCUUUUGAAAACUGUUGUGAGAGUUGAUAAGCAGGAAGAAGCUGAUUUGUUCUACAUACCUUUCUUCACCACCAUUAGUUUCUUCUUAAUGGAGAAACAACAAUGCAAAGCUCUUUACAGGGAAGCUUUGAAAUGGAUAACAGACCAACCUGCAUGGAAACGAUCUGAAGGAAGAGAUCACAUACUUCCAGUUCAUCAUCCAUGGUCAUUCAAGUCUGUUCGCAGAUUUGUCAAGAAGGCAAUUUGGCUGCUACCUGAUAUGGACUCUACUGGGAACUGGUACAAACCAGGACAAGUUUUCCUGGAGAAAGAUCUAAUUCUUCCUUAUGUUCCUAAUGUUGAAUUAUGCGAUGCUAAAUGUUUAGCUGCAACUGAACUGAAAAGAACCACCCUUAUUUUCUUCCGCGGGAGACUUAAGAGAAAUGCUGGUGGUAAAAUACGAGCAAAACUUGUAUCAGAACUUAGUGGUGCCGAGGGUGUAGUUAUAGAGGAGGGAACAGCUGGAGAGGGAGGAAAACUAGCUGCUCAGAACGGAAUGCGCAAAUCUAUAUUCUGUUUAAGCCCAGCUGGGGACACUCCAUCAUCUGCUAGACUGUUUGAUGCUAUUGUCAGUGGUUGCAUACCAGUUAUAGUCAGUGAUGAACUCGAGCUUCCUUUCGAAGGAAUACUAGACUAUAGAAAGAUAGCAGUAUUUGUUUCUUCCGGUGAUGCUGUACAACCCGGUUGGCUUUUAAAUUUUCUCAAAAGUAUUACUCGUUCUCAAAUUAGUGAAAUGAGACGGAAUCUCGCCAAGUACUCGAGGCAUUUCGUAUACUCCAACCCAGCUCAACCCUUAGGCCCCGAAGACUUGGUGUGGAGAAUGAUGGCUGGUAAGUUGGUGAAUAUCAAGCUUCAUACUCGAAGAUCACAACGUCUGGUCAAGGAGUCCCGAAGCAUCUGCUCAUGCGACUGCAGGCGUGCCAACGAAACGAUUCCGACUCCCAUUUUGUAAUCAACUUUCACUUGUCUCCAUGUAUAACAUAUCAUAGUAACACAAAUCUAUAUAUGUCAAGUGUGUUCAUUAUUUUGUUUUUCAUAUUUAGGAAAAUCUUUCUAUAAACCAGUUCAUGAUAAUCUCUUCUCAAUAGUUAAAUUUUGGCCAAUCUUGGAUUGAUUUUUAGUUUGAAAUUUCCCUUGUAAUUGUUCAAAACCUCAUUAAGAUUGUUCAUGUGUAAUUGAUUAAAUAGUUGUUUAAAACUACUAAAUUACUUUUUGAUAUUUAUUUAUUGGUUAGACAUGAAA